AGACGGACCAGAUGCAACAUCCUUAACUUAAGCCCUAUAAACUGACGGCUCCUGUUCAACUGGGACUUUGCCCAUUCCACAAGUCUCUGACAACUUAACACAUCUCCAACUUAACUGUGUCCCAGUUCACCUAAAAUUUAAAAAUUCCUAAUUUCUUUUUUGUAAUUUGCAAACUAAAAUUGCAAAUUUGUAAGAAGCCAUGUACAUAUACAGAGGUAUACAACGCUUUAGAACAUCAGGUUCCUCUAUUAUUAACCGUUUAACGGUGCCACAGUUGAAAAGAAAAGCCUCUAAUUCAUGGUCUGCUAUUCAAGACACUUUUUAUUCAACGAAGGAUAUAUUUGAGAGGCAUAAGGUGGUGUUCACAAUCUCAACAUCUAUAGCAUCGGUUGCUACAGCAUGGUUUGGUUAUACUUUACGACAUCUUCAUCAAUCAAGAAUUGACCACCGCCUCGAAUCUAUAGAGAAAGCUAUGAAGAAUAAUUAUCAAAUUGAAGAUCCUGAAUUUAAGAAGCUUGUGUCUGGUUCCAUUAGUGUACCAGCGUGUGUUGCAACUGCUGGAACCACACUAAUUCUCGGGUAUGGCUUGGGUUUUCGAGGUGGAAAAUGGUACGCGGCCAGAAAGUUUAGAAGGGAGCAGAUGAAACUAUUGGGACAAAUAAAACCUAAGAGAUGGCCACUCAGGUUUUUACGACGACCACUAAUAAGGCCUAAAUCACCAGAAAAUCUAGUUACAGCAUCAGAAACAUUACCAAAGGGUGCAUCUGCAUCUGCUUCCAGAGUUGAGAACUCCCCUAACUUGCUGACAAAAUGAGGUUCUAAUAGAAAAAGUUUUGGUUCUAUCGAAAUCACUACGAGUACAGAAAAGCCGUAUAGUUUACCAAAGGUUGAUAACCAAUAUUGUAUACACCUUGUCAUUGGGUUGCUCCUUAUCUCAAUUAUCAACCAGGGUUUGAAAUCUUAAUGUAAACUAGGUUGGAGGAAAUUUCUCUAAGCUCUUGAGGGAGCACAUGCUCAUUCUUUCAUCAGUGAAGAUCACAUGUUUAGCUA